AUGCACGUCCACGGUGUCUCUCCAAUGGCGCUCCAAGCAUCGCUACCUUCCGCGUUCCUCGCGGCCCCGACCAUUGCUCACGCUUCUUGUCCGCGGCAGUUCAAAUUGCGUGCGAGCGCUGCGGCCGCGGCUAGCAGCGCCAGCGCCGGCGACGGGAAGGUGGUGACGAGGAAGGAGCCAACGACAGGCGCAUGGAAGAUCGAGUAUUCCAGCGAGAAGCCGGAGACGCCGCUGCUCGACACCAUCAACUACCCCGUCCACAUGAAAAACCUGUCCACCACGGACUUGGAGCAGUUGUCUGCGGAACUCCGGGCGGAGAUCGUGCACACGGUGUCCAAGACCGGCGGGCACCUGAGCGCCAGCCUCGGGGUGGUGGAGCUCUCGGUGGCGCUCCACCACGUGUUCGACACGCCGGAGGACAAGAUCAUCUGGGACGUCGGCCACCAGGCCUACCCGCACAAGAUCCUCACGGGCCGCCGGUCGCGGAUGCACACCAUGCGCAAGACCUCCGGCCUCGCCGGGUUCCCGAAGCGCGACGAAAGCGCGCACGACGCGUUCGGCGUCGGACACAGCUCCACGAGCAUCUCCGCGGCGCUCGGGAUGGCCGUCGCGCGUGACCUCCAGGGCAAGAAGAACCACGUCAUCUCCGUCAUCGGAGACGGCGCCAUGACUGCUGGACAGGCCUACGAGGCCAUGAACAACUCCGGCUUCCUCGACUCCAACAUGAUCGUCGUCCUCAACGAUAACAAGCAGGUCUCCCUCCCGACCGCCACCCUCGACGGCCCCUCCAAGCCGGUGGGCGCACUCAGCAAGGCGCUCACCAAGCUCCAGUCUAGCACCAAGUUCCGCCGGCUCCGGGAGGCCGCCAAGACCAUCACCAAGCAGAUCGGCGGCUCCACGCACGAGGUGGCUGCCAAGGUGGAUGAGUACGCACGUGGCAUGAUCAGCGCCUCGGGCUCAACGCUCUUCGAGGAGCUAGGGCUCUACUACAUCGGCCCCGUCGACGGUCAUAGCCUCGAGGACCUCGUCACCAUCUUCGAGAAGGUCAAGUCCAUGCCGGCGCCUGGGCCCGUGCUCAUCCACAUCGUGACGGAGAAAGGGAAGGGGUACCCACCAGCGGAGGCCGCCGCGGACAAGAUGCAUGGCGUGGUCAAGUUUGACCCGACGACGGGGAAGCAAUUCAAGACCAAGAGCCCGACCCUGUCAUACACGCAGUACUUUGCUGAGUCGCUGAUCCGGGAAGCGGAGGGGGACGACAAGGUGGUGGCGAUCCACGCGGCCAUGGGCGGUGGCACGGGGCUUAAUUACUUCCAGAAGCGGUUCCCGGAGCGGUGCUUCGACGUGGGCAUCGCGGAGCAGCACGCCGUGACUUUCGCUGCAGGGCUCGCCGCUGAGGGCAUGAAACCGUUCUGCGCCAUCUACUCGUCAUUCCUGCAGCGCGGGUACGACCAGGUGGUGCACGACGUGGACCUGCAGCGGCUGCCGGUGCGCUUCGCCAUGGACAGGGCGGGACUCGUCGGUGCAGACGGCCCUACACACUGCGGCGCGUUCGACGUGACAUACAUGGCCUGCCUGCCCAAUAUGGUGGUCAUGGCGCCUGCCGACGAGGCGGAGCUCAUGCACAUGGUUGCCACAGCCAACGCCAUCGACGACCGCCCAAGCUGUUUCCGCUUCCCCCGAGGUAACGGCAUUGGCGCCGUGCUUCCUCUCAACAACAGAGGCACCCCCAUUCAGGUAGGCAAGGGGAGGGUACUCGUCAGCGGCAACAGGGUAGCCCUGCUAGGAUAUGGCACCAUGGUGCAGGCCUGCAUGAAGGCGGCGGAGGCACUGAAGGAGCACGACUUGUUCAUCACCGUCGUUGACGCCCGGUUCUGCAAGCCGCUGGACACGGAGCUCAUCCGUGAGCUCGCGGCCGAGCACGAGAUCCUCAUCACCGCCGAGGAGGGCUCCAUCGGAGGCUUCGGCUCCCACGUGGCGCACUACCUCAGCCUCAACGGCCUCCUCGACGGCCCCCUCAAGCUGAGAUCGAUGUUCCUGCCAGACCGGUACAUUGACCACGGCGCCGCGGAGGACCAGAUGGAAGCAGCUGGGCUGACGCCGAGGCACAUCGCCGCCACGGUGCUGUCCUUGGUGGGUCGGCCACUAGAGGCGCUACACCUCAAGUGA